AUGGCGUUGCCCAAGAGAAUAAUCAAGGAGACCGAGCGGUUGAUGACAGAGCCGGUUCCCGGUAUCAGCGCCGUCCCCCACGAGGACAACCUCCGAUACUUUGACGUCGAGAUCCACGGACCGUCUGGUUCUCCGUACGAGGGUGGAAAGUUCAAGCUCGAGCUGUUUCUGACAGAUGACUACCCCAUGGUUCCUCCCAAGAUCCGCUUCCUGACCAAGAUCUACCACCCAAACGUCGACAAGCUUGGUCGCAUCUGUCUCGAUGUUCUGAAGAACAACUGGUCUCCUGCACUCCAAAUUCGAACCAUCCUACUUUCGAUCCAAGCCCUCCUUGGCGCACCCAAUCCCGAUGACCCUCUCGCAGCCGAUGUUGCCAAGAGCUGGAAGGAGGACGAAAACAAGGCCAUUGCCACUGCACGAGAGUGGACUCAGCAAUAUGCCAAGUCUGAUUAG